AUUUCCGAAAAACUCAUUUCCGCAUUCAUGCUGCAUUCAAUGCAGAUACGACCGUUCAACAGCGGGUACAUGUGCACACAGGCUCGGCGAGCAACUUAAACAGAUACAGUUGAAAACAGGUUAAGGAAUAUAUAAAAUAUCGUAAUUUAUUCUUUAAUCUUAUUCAUAAAGUUGUAUUCAAACAGUAAAACGCGAAAGGCUGACUGAGAGUCAACAAUACAGUACAGCGGUGAUAAUUCCCAGCACCCGUGAACGCGACAUUGACCACAAGACAAACAUGGCGACCUGCAUCGGCACGGUCGUGCGACUCGGAGGCGCGGCACUGACUGCCGUCUUCCAGCCGGUGGCCAGGCCAUGUUGCCUGCGGAGAGCACGUGUGUACGUCCCGCGCCGCUUUUCGCACGGGGCCCGGAGCAGCUUGUACGAGCACGUCCGCGAAGGUUACAGCGACAAGCCCGAGCUGGACAUGAGGGCAGUGUGCGAGGAGACCGACAAAGUCAUCGCAAACGUGGAGAACAGGAAGGGAGACCUGCGGGGCGACGACGUCAGGGCGAUUGUGUGUGUGUGGCAGGAGCUGCAGGCGGUGAGGAUGGAGAUCUCGGGGCUGGAGGCGCAGAAGAGACACGUCAGUGACACCGUCAAAGAAUUUAUGACCAAGAGUGACAAGAAAGCCCUCAGCAAUCUACCAGAGUACACUCAGGCUCUGCAGAAAGGACGCGAGAUCCGCAGCAGACUGAAUCAGCUCUACCCCAGAGAGACGCAGCUGGACCAGGAACACUACGGACGAGCGCUCAGGCUGCCCAACACCACGCACCCCGACGUGCCGGUGGGAGCCGAGAGCCAAGCGAAGGUGUUGGAGCUGGUUGGACAGAAACCAGAGUUUGACUUCACGCCCAGAGGCCAUUUCGAGUUGGGGGAGGAGUUGGGUCUCUUCCGCCAGAGACAUCUCGCUCACGUCUCGGGCCACAGGUCUUACUAUCUAAGGGGAGCUGGCGCCCGACUGCAGACCGCACUCCAGAACUUUGCCCUGGACACACUGCAGCGACGGGGCUUCAUUCCCAUGGUUGUACCGGACAUGCUGAAGGGGGCCGUGUUUGAGGGUUGUGGGAUGCAGCCCAACGCCCAUCGCUCUCAGGUCUAUUCUCUGGACCCGACCCGCUUCCCAGACCUCAACCUGGCUGGCACCGGGGAGGUCGGAGUGGCAGGUUAUUUCAUGGAUCACGCAGUGAACUGGAAGGACCUGCCCGUCAGGACGGCAUGCAGCAGCACCUGCUACAGAGCGGAGACGGACACGGGCAGAGAGACGUGGGGGCUCUAUCGAGUGCAUCACUUCAACAAGGUGGAGAUGUUUGGAGUGACCGCAGAUGAGACCGGAGAGGAAAGCGCUCGGCUGCUGGAGGAGUUCACCUCUCUGCAGAAGGAGAUGUUCUCUGCACUGGAGCUACACUACAGGGUGCUGGACAUGCCGACACAGGAACUGGGUCCUCCAGCACACAGGAAGUAUGACAUCGAAGCCUGGAUGCCUGGGAGGGACAGCUAUGGAGAGAUCUCCAGCGGGUCCAACUGUACCGACUACCAAAGCAGACGCCUCAACAUCCUGUACGAGCGAGAGGACGGCAGCCUGAACUACGCCCACACGGUGAACGCCACGGCGUGCGCCAUCCCCAGAACCAUCAUCGCCAUCCUGGAGACUCACCAGACCAAAGACGGAACCGUGCGUGUCCCCCGAGCCCUGCAGCCCUAUUUGGGGCUAGAGGUCAUCGAGACACCAAAGUACGCUCCGCUGAAAUACAUCGGACCCAACCAGCACAAGCGACCCCCCCGGCCUGCUGCCAAAACCUGAUGAGACGACGUCUGGAAGGAGAUACUUCCUACGGAAAAACUGCUCCGUGGAUUUCUGGAAAGAGAGUAGUUGAAAUGUAUUUAUUUCCCGAGCUGAGUGCCGUCUGCUUUGAUUAUAGGGAAGGAGCUGGAUGGAUAAAUAGAGGAAUCUGCUGUUCCCUCCUUUGAGACGCUUUGAGACUGUUUCAUAACGCAAUUUACCGUCACUGUAAAUAUGUUUUGUCUUACUUUGUUAAAUGACAAGAAAUUGCAAAUGUACGCUCAAAACGUGACGACGAAGACCAUGAUGAAGAAUAACCAAUAAAAAGUGUCACAUUCUAAAUGAAUUUGCAAGCAUACUGAAGGACUUUGUGACCUUGAGGGGAGGGGGUAUGUUUAAUAUCACCAGCAAAGUAAAAAUAACUGUUGUGAGGUAAUGAGAAUCCAGGGAUGUGAUGGAUGGUUAUAAUAAUAUUCCGCUAUCAUAUUCUCUCUGGGCAUGUUUAGUGGGUUUGAAUAGACAAUUACAGAUCAUUAAUGUAUCUAAAGCCGCUUUAGUGUCCCUGAAGUGUCUUUUGUUAUAUUGCGGUGGUUUGGCUUUGGAAUUAUGGGAAUUAUUGUUAUUAUUAUCAUUAAUAAUA